AUGUGGCGGCGGCGGCGGCGGGUAGCGCGGGGGGUGGGGGGCGGCGGCGGAGGAGGAGGAGGGCGGUGGCGGCGAGAGUGGCCGUUGGCCGUGCUGGUGCUGGCGCUGUGGCUGCCGGCAGCGAGGUGCCGUGAGUUGUACUCGCCCACUGACCCUUUGGAGCUGCUGGGGACGGGGGCGGAGGGGCAGCUGCUGGGAUCCCCCAGCGCUUGGGCCGUCGAAUUCUUCGCCUCCUGGUGCGGGCACUGCGUCCAUUUCGCGCCCACAUGGCGGGCCCUGGCCCACGAUAUCCGCGAAUGGAGACCUGCAGUGGUGCUGGCAGCCAUCGACUGCGCCGACGAGGCCAACCAGCAAGUGUGCUCUGAUUUUGGGAUAACCGGCUUCCCCACGCUGAAGUUUUUCCGAGCUUUCAGCAGGAAGGCCGAGGAUGGGAUAAGGAUGACCAAAACCAGCACCACCGUGGAGGACCUGCGCCAUGCCAUCAUUACCAACCUCGAGCAGAGCCAGGACAACUGGCCGCCUGCCUGUCCUCCGCUGGAGCCAGCAAGUGCGGAGGAGGUUCGCACCUUCUUCCAGAGGAACAAGGACCAGUACCUGGCACUGAUCUUUGAGAAGAGCAAUUCCUUUGUGGGCAGAGAGGUGGCACUGGACAUGCUGCAGUACGAGAACGUGGCAGUGAGGAGGGUGCUGAACAGUGAGGAAGAGCUUGUGGAGAAGUUUGGUGUCACCACUUUCCCCUCUGGCUACCUGCUCCUCCGCAAUGGCUCCUCCUUCCGUCUGCCUGUGCACAUGGAGGCCCGCUCCUUCUACACCUACUACCUGCGCACGCUCUCGGGUGUCACCCGCGGCUCCUACAAGCUGAACACAACCCUCGGUGCUUCCAACGAGACCAACUCAUCCCACCUGACUCCUGCUGACCGCUCCAAGGUGUACAUGGCUGACCUGGAGUCCACGCUGCACUACUCACUGCGAGUGGAAGCUGUCCGUGCUGCCGCCAUGUCAGGAGCCCAGCUGGCUGCCUUCAAGUGCUAUGUGGGCACGCUGGUGAAGUACUUCCCUGGGCGCCCCUAUGUGCAGGCCUACCUGCAGUCCCUGGACGUCUGGCUGAAGAACUGGACAGAGCCUGAGCUGCCACGCAACGUUUUGAAGGAGGCCAUGAAGAAUAACAGAGAUGCCUCCCGCUCCGCCAUGCUCCCCACCAAUGUGACCUGGGUGGGCUGCCAGGGCAGUGAACGCCACUUCCGUGGCUACCCCUGUGGGCUCUGGACCCUCUUCCAUCUGCUGACUGUCCAGGCUGCCCAGAACGGCCCCAACAAAGAGCUGCCACUGGAGGUGCUGAGCACCAUCCGCUGCUAUGUCCGGAACUUCUUCGGCUGCCAGGAGUGUGCUGAGCACUUUGAAGCCAUGGCAGCCAAGUCCAUGGACCAGGUGGCAAGCCGGGAGGAAGCCGUCCUCUGGCUCUGGUCCCACCACAACGAGGUCAAUGCUCGCCUGGCAGGAGGUGACACGGAGGACCCCAAGUUCCCCAAGCUGCAGUGGCCUCCACCAGAUAUGUGUCCCCAGUGCCACAAGGAGGAGCGGGGGGUGCAUGCCUGGGAUGAGCCGGCCGUGCUCGCCUUUCUCAUGGCACACUUCUCUCCGGCUAACGUCUACUUGGACUACGCCAUGGCUGACCCCGUCCCCGCGGCUGGGGAGGUGGAUGCCAGGCUGGGCACCGAGGGCCCACGAGAGGAGAGGGAGAAGGAUGAGGAAGAGGAGGAGAAGGAGACAGAGGGAGAGGUGAGAGCUGUGGGGCGACAGGGCUCCCCUGAGCCACGGCGCCCCAGCAUCGUGCGUCUGAACCCCAAGCCUCGGGAGGCGAGUGAGGACAUCGUGGACCUGGACUCCUUCAGCGAGCAGCACUUCAAGAGCCAGGCGCUGCGAGCGGCGGCCGGGCGGCGCCGGCGGCUCAGCAAACGGGACACCAUCGCCCUGGCCCGGGAUGCCGCGGCGGGCCGGGAGCGACGCCGGGCUCCCGGGCUCCUGCUCCGGGAGGAGGAGGAGGUGGCUGGGAGGGUCAUUCAGAGGAGCCCCUGGCUGCGGGUGCUCGGCUUGGGCUUCUCCCGCCUGGACAUCAGCCUCUGCGUCGCCCUGUACUUCCUCUCGUCCAUGUGCCUCCUGGGCAUGUACACCUUCUUCCGCCUCCGCACCCGUGCCCGGAAAGGCCGCCUCGGCUUCCCCUUGGCCUGAGUGCUCUGCCCCCAGCGUGGGCUGGCUGCUGAGCCAGGGCACCCCUGGGACAGGGUUUUGUCCCUCAGCGGGAUGGGUUCAUUGCAUUCCCCCCAGGAGCUGCCCCGCUUGCAGCCAUCGCAUCACCCAGGGUGGGAGGUGGAGGAAGGGGGGGGCUCUUCUGGGGAGAAGGAGGUGUCAGAGCACCUCCCUCUCUGGUCCCAGUCGCACAUUUUUAGGGGUGCCAGCAGUGGUACCCAGCUGCUCUUGGGAGCUCUCCAGAACUGGAUUGAUUUCUAACUAGAAGGCCUAGUUCCCUGCUGGGGAGCACCCCUUUGGGAUCACACCACUAGCAGGGCCAGGAGUGUGGGGUUUUAGCCCCCUCCAAAAGUGGGCAGUGCUGGGCAGGGGGUGGCAGUUGUGGGUUCAGCUGCAUUUGUGUGUGUGUCUCUACCUUUCAUUGCCCCCUCCCCAUGCUGUUGCUCGCUCUCUGCUUGUCUUAGUGGAAUAAAUUAUUUUUGCUGUGUAGGCUGUUCCCUGGCAUGUAGGCACAGCCUCCCUUCCCUGCUGUCCCCCCACCCCUGACUGCCCCCCACUCUGGUCUCCUGCGUCACUCUGAGAUGAGUGCUGCCUUGGUUUAAAUCUUUUGAGUGGUGGUUGUUGUGCGUUUUCUCCUGCUUUUUUGCUGCUGGAUGCACUCGGGGCCAUUCAGUCGGCAUGGCCCCAGGGUUGGGGUGGGUCAUGGUUUGGUCUUAAGCGGAGUGCUGCGGGAGAGAGCCUGCCGGAAAAAAAGUCGGCAUAAGGCAAGGAGCUGCAGGUUGGUGCUGGCCGUGUGCGUGGUCCGGAGCAGAGAGAGACACAUGGGAGCAUCCCCCCGGGGACUGGGACCACCACAGGCGCCUGUCCCCGAUUCUCUCUGCCCUUUUAUCCUUGUUAGGAAUCAUUAAGGAAAAUGGUUGUUUUGCAGAGCCGGGUCCGGGGCCAUCUGCUCUCCCGGCGCUGCCUAAAUCCCCCUGUAACAAAUUCAUUGGGAUUACGCUGCCCUCCCCUAAUCCCGGCCCCUCCCCCUGCGCGGGGGAUUUAAAAGGAUUAGGGCCCGUCCGAUAAUAAACUUUAUUAAAGGGGAGGGGGGGUGUCAAUCCGAUUUGGAGCCUCUUUCUUGAUAUCUUCACUUUGCCCAGGUGGGAGGCGAGGGCUGAUGGGGAUGAGGAAGGAGGACAGCUGGCUCUGCUGCUCCCUCAGGCACCGGCAGCUCUGGCUUCGUCAGCCUUUCGUCCCUCACCUGCCCUUGGAAUAAAUUUUACUGUUUCCUCUUUC